GACAUACACACACGCAUAAUCACACUCGCACACACACACACACACUUCCUGUGUGAAAGAUGACACUGCAGCACACAGUCACAGUGUUCGAGCUUCUCUAGCAGCGAUUAUCACUUAACAUCAGCCAUGGAUCUUCAGCCUUUCUGAGGAUUUCUUUUAAGAUUUCAUUUUUCUGAAAUUAAAUUUUCACUUAAAGUUUUUUUUCUUCUUCUGGUGGUAAUUUUCGAAAGGAUUGUGUUAGCAUUUCUGGUGGAGGUUGAGGUGACUGAGCCGGGGUGAUGGACCACAAGGACUUGCUCUUCUACCACGGACCCAUCAGCAGAGAGCGGUGUGAGGAGAUCCUGGGUGCCAAGGGAAAGAGUGGAGCGUUUCUCAUCAGGGAAAGCGAGACCAUCCACGGAGCUCUGUGCCUCUGCGUCUACAAAAACAAAGUGGUGUACACGUACAGGAUCCUUCAAACUCACACGGGAUAUUACACAUUACAGACCAGUGCAGGUGUGCAGGAGAAGUUUUUUAAAACGAUGGAAGAACUCGUUCAUCACUAUUACAAGAAAAAUCAGGGUUUAGCGUGUCGUCUGCGUCACCCUGUGAAGAGGAAACAAGCGUUAGAGGAGUAUGAGGUCCCUGACGAGUCCCCGGACUAUGAGAACGUGGACUCCGACUAUGUUGCCGUGCUGCCAGAGUGAUUCUAAUCAACUCAACUUUAAAACCCAACAAUAACAUCAAGCUUUUACAGAACAGAAACAGACUGUGAGUUAAAAGUAAAGUGAGGUUCAUGGGUCUUUGACUCUGAUGACUUUUUGUUCCUCCUGUUGAAACUGAUACAAUCGUUAAAUACAUAAAGUACUGUGCACUCCCAUUUCUUCAAAUUUUGCUUCCAAAGCUGCAGACUUUCUUACGUGUUUAAUCUAGUCUCGAGGAAUCGCUCUCCAGGCUUUCUGAAGGACUUUUUUGUUUGUCUCUCAUCAUGUUCAGUCCAGUUGCUGUACCUGUGCAGGUUCAGAGGGAUGUUUUUUGUUUGUUAAGCCACACAGUGACCUAUGAAUUAUUCAAGCAUAAAAAACAUCUAACUUACUGUAAGUCAUGACCCAGUGAGAAACAGGUGCAGAUGAUGACAGAUGAUCAGGUGAUUAGUAAUACCGGUGAUGCUGAAGGCUGAGUGGUUGGAACAGACGAGAGGGAAAAUGAGGUCGCUGCUGCGGUUGUUACGCAAUCAGAUGAUAUUUAAUUGUUUAAAUUAUUAGGCACUUUGCAGCCUGUCGCAGUGAAAUCAUUGUUCCCAUUUCUUAGUUUGAUCUACAUCAUUUAAUUUUAUUUAAUAUGAAGAAGGGGGGGGGGGGGGCAAGACAAAAUAUAUAUUUUUUGCUUUGUGUAUAAUUGGACAUCAAAUGAAAUGAAUGUAAAUGUUGUAUACUUUCAGGACAAUGUUUUAUAUGUAAAUAAAUGUGUUAAUUUUAUGGGCAUGUUUUAUUGUGAUUUAUGCCACACUUUCUGAAAGGUGUAGAAUUUUUGCACAUGG